UUAUAUUUGGCCUUCCGGGAACAUUGUAUUUAUAAACUAUGUUAGGGAUUUGAGAUGAGGUCAUUUUAUGAUUUUACUGGAAUUUAUUUCCGUUCUUUCAUUAACCGCAAGAUUAAUUUGUCAAACACAAAAAUUCAGGAACCGUUUUUUUCAAUAAAAGGUAAAACUGAUCUUUGUAAUCGCAACUUCAGCACCGGUAAAAAUUUUGACUUUACAAGUACCUGGAAGAACUAUAGGGAAUCUUCGCGUAAAUUGCUAUCUUCAUCCUCUUCUCCCUCUAAAUACUCAUAUGAUCCUAACUCACUGACGACCCUCCCGAGACCUUAUGAAUCCCAUUUGAAGGAAGACGUUAAAUUUCGUAACUGUUUGGGUCUAAAUCCUCUAUUUACACAUUAUGUGAACCCCGUGUCCAUCGUUAAAUUCACAGCCAAAUACCUCCUAAGCUACCGAUUCUUCUUCAUUUAUAUGGCCAGGACAACGUUUCAAGCCGCGCGACCUUUGUUAGCGUUUUGUGUUUUUGGUGAGAUUAUGAAGUUGGUUCUGGCAAACUUGAGUGGAGGACUGCCCGCAUAUUUAUUCUCGUUCGUUUUGGCGUUUGAAGUUUUCUACUUCUUCCUACAGCUGUAUAUUUCCUACACUUUCCUCAUGAUGUUCUUCACUGUCAUGUUCUAAACUUUUGGCAAAGAUUUAUUGAGAUUAAAAAUUAAAAAUGACAAGGAAAUUGGUCGAGGAGACAGUGUUGAAGUUGGAGAACUUGAAGGUUGGAAUAGGAGUGUUGAAGCGGUUUUAUGCCUGCACAAACGGAGUCUUGACGACUUUCAGACUCUCGUUUAACUACACAAAUAAUAAGCCGAAAACGAUCUUUGUGUCCUCUAUCACUACGGUUAAGAUUUCAAACAGCUUUUUCAAGGAGUAUAUAAUGCUUCAGUGCGGGUCAAUCAGGUACUUUAUGUCCUGUUCAGAUAAUUCAAAGUUAUACUCUGAGCUAUUGAGAGUAGUUAAGCUUAACGAGACAUCGACGGUGCUAAACUCCCCAAGAACGGUGGAAAAGAGUGUUGAGUCACCUGAUUCAAGAUCAUUAUCAGUUCCAGGAAUCUCAAGGGUUUUAAAAAUUCAGCAGGAGAAAAUUGAGGAAUCUGAAGACCUUUGCUCAGCAACUACUGAACUCCAUGCCUUGAAGAAUAAAUGUAAAUUGGUUAAAGAUGUUCUAGUUAAAGUUACAAAGUAUGACCAGGAAGGGUUUAACUCAACAAUUGACAAGGUUUUUAAGACUCUUGGAGUUGACAUCUUUAGCCAGUCCAAUGAUAAUGAAGAUGGCUCAGAUACUCCUACAAACACAGAAGAAGUGUUAAACCAACUAAGGAAAGUAUUAUCGUUACUUUUAAGUAAAAACGAGUCUAUUUUGCUACACGAGUUUUAUGUAGCAGCUAAUAGGCUUAUGUUAGCAGACUUGUUAUCUCCGUCACAGCUUGUGAAGUACGUUAAUAAACUUGAAAACGAUGGCUUAUGUAAGUUAAACAAGGUAGGAAAUGUGUAUCUUUUAUCAAAAAGCCACGAAUCAAUUAGUGAAGAGGAGUUUUGCAACGAUCUCGUUAGAAUUUUAAAUUGUGGACCAACAGAUUUAAUGAAGUAUUCAAAAGAAGCAAACAUAUCAACAAGCCUGGCACAAGUUAAGCUUAACAUUGCUGAGAAAAUGGGAUUAAUUGUAAGGGAUGAAACAAUACAAAUGACGAAUUAUUAUAAAAAUUUAUUUAAUAAAAUGUAUUAAAAGUUUUAUAUGUAAUAAUGUGUUAAAGUGUGAAUUAAAAU